AUGCCUGAGAGCAAGAUCCCCCAGCCGGGUCCUGCCAAACUCAAGCGCAAUGCAGGUCCUGACGAAUGGCUGGAGGCAGCGAAGGACUGCAAGUAUCUCUCAGAGCCACACAUGAAGCAGCUGUGUGAGAUCGUCAAGGAAUAUAUGAUGGAAGAGUCGAAUAUUCAACCCGUCUCCACUCCCGUCACCGUCUGUGGUGAUAUUCACGGUCAAUUUUACGAUCUCUUGGAGCUGUUUCGUGUUUCAGGUGGCAUGCCGGAUGGAACCGAGCUCGACUCCCCAAAGACCUCCCCCUCUGUGAUUACCUCCACCGAUAUCGAACCCCCCUCCAGCAUCUCAGACCCCAAAAUUCGCAAGAAGCUUCGCGGCCCCAGCACGAACCCCAACGAUGAGGAUGAGGACGCAGAGUCAGCCGCCCGGAGCCGGUCAGGUAGCGGUACCUCCGAGGAUCUCCAGAUCAACCGCAAUUUUGUCUUCCUUGGCGAUUAUGUGGACCGUGGAUACUUCAGUUUGGAGACAUUAACACUCUUGCUCUGUCUCAAGGCCAAAUACCCCGAUCGCGUCACCUUGGUACGUGGUAACCACGAGUCACGUCAAAUUACUCAAGUCUAUGGGUUCUACGAGGAAUGCUUCCAAAAGUAUGGAAGCGCGUCGGUGUGGAAGGCAUGCUGCCAGGUCUUCGAUUUCAUGACAUUGGGGGCGAUUAUUGAUGGCAAGGUGCUCUGUGUUCAUGGUGGUCUGAGCCCCGAGAUCCGCACACUGGACCAAGUCCGCGUGGUCGCCCGUGCACAGGAGAUCCCUCACGAGGGAGCCUUCUGUGAUCUUGUUUGGUCCGAUCCUGAUGAUGUCGAGACAUGGGCCGUCAGCCCUCGUGGCGCAGGUAAGAGAAGUCCAAAAUCGUAUAACAUGUACCAUGCUAACACGAACGACACAGGAUGGCUAUUCGGAGACCGGGUGGCUGAUGAGUUCUGCCAUGUCAACGACCUUUCCUUGAUUGCCCGCGCCCACCAACUGGUCAACGAGGGCUACAAAUACCAUUUCAACAACCAAAAUGUCGUCACCGUUUGGAGUGCGCCAAACUACUGCUACCGCUGCGGUAACCUGGCCUCCGUGUGUGAGAUUGGCGACGACCUAAAGCCUACCUUUAAGCUGUUCAGCGCAGUCAGCGAUGACCAACGACACGUUCCAACCUCGCGACCAGGCCGGAGCGAAUACUUCUUGUAA